AGGGGAUCCGCGGGGCCGGCGUCCUGCACGUCCCCCCCGGAGACACCCUUUCUCCGUGCGCCCGGGACUUGGUGAAACUUUGCAGGCGCCCGCGGUGAGAUGGAUUUAAUCCAAGGCGUCUUGUUCCGGCUCUUCCUCCUGGCUUCCAGCCUCAGACCCGGCUUUGUGUCGCUGGGAGAGGCUCUCCGAAAACCAGGCAAGGCGGGGCCUCCUCUGCACGUCGCGCUGGACGCACUGAACUGCACGGCUUUCAGCAUCCAAUGGAAAACGCCCAGGCAUCCUAGGCGCCCCGUCGCUGGGUAUACCGUCUUUUACAAUGCGGUCGGCGCGGAUAAACCGCCACAGGAGCGGCACCACCACGUGCAGCUCAGCCAGGACAUCGCCACCCACGGGCAGUCCGGUCCUCAGGUGAUUUUUGAGGAAGUGAUCGGAGAUUUGGAACCAGGCACCGAGUAUGAAGUGAGUGUGGCAGCUUCUGGCCCGGCGGGCAAAGGGUGGCUCAGCUCUCUGCGGCAUGUUACCACCUUGCCCCAAGAGUCCUGCCUGCCUCCCACAGCGCCCCAGCGGCCGCUGGUCACUGUGGUGUCCGAGUCCGAGGUGGCCCUGUCUUGGAAACCGGGCGAGAGUGAAGGAAGCUCCCCCACUCAGUACUAUUCUGUGGAAUUCAUCAGACCAGAUUUCGACGAGAGCUGGGCCUUAAUCCAAGAGCGCAUCCAGAUGGACUCCAUGGUCAUCAAGGGCCUCGAUCCGCACACCAACUACCAGUUUGCCGUGAGGGCCGUGAACCCCCACGGCCCCAGCCCCCGCAGCCCACCCAGUGACACCGUCCGGACCUCCCGCCCUGAGGAGGCUGGAAGCGGCCACUACGGACCCCGUUAUAUAACCGGCUCAGGCGUCGGCGAGGACGAUGACGAGGACAGCGGCGGCGAAGACGACCUCGACUUGGACAUAUUCUUUGAGGAGGUCAAACCACUUCCCGCCAUCCAAGGGGGGAAUGAGAAAUUAUUGGUGGGACCCAAGAUGGCGCCAAGAUCAGACCCAAAGACCGUUUCUGAGCCUGUGCCCCCUACCCCGGCAUCCCUGCCCACGAUGGUGCCGGCUCCCCAGCCCACCCCAGCGAGGAGAGGGGACUCGAACAGCGGGCCCACGAUGCCAAGGCUCUUCGACGUGUCUUGCGACGAAACUCUCUGCCCCAUCGACAGCUUCUGUGCCAAUGACUACACCAGGGGGCGCUCCCGGUGCCACUGCAACCUGGGCAAAGGCGGCGAGAGCUGCUCAGAAGAUAUCGCCAUACAGUACCCUCAGUUCUUUGGCUACUCGUACGUAACCUUUGAGCCGUUGAAGAACUCCCAUCGGGCAUUUCACAUCACUCUUGAAUUUCGGGCGGAGGCGGAGGAUGGCUUGCUGCUCUACUGCGGGGAGAGCGAACACGAGAGGGGCGACUUCAUGUCCCUGGCCAUCAUCCGACGCUCCCUCCAGUUCAGGUUUAACUGUGGCACCGGGGUCGCCGUCAUCGAAAGCGAGACCAGAAUCAAACUAGGGGGCUGGCACGUGGUGACGGUCCACCGAGACGGGCCGAACGGGCUGCUGCAGCUGAACAACAACACGCCAGUGACGGGCCAGUCCCAGGGCCACUACAGUAAAAUCACCUUCCGGACGCCUCUGUACCUCGGCGGGGCUCCCAGCACUUACUGGUUGGUCCGAGCCACCGGCACCAGCCGCGGCUUCCAGGGCUGCGUGCAGACGCUGUCGGUGAACGGGGAGAGAAUGGACCUGAGGCCCUGGCCGGUGGGGAAGGCGCUCAGCGGGGCCGACGUGGGCGAGUGCAGCAGCGGGAUCUGCGACGAGACCUCGUGCGUCAACGGCGGCACCUGCGCGGCCGUCAAGGCUGACUCCUACAUCUGCCUCUGCCCCCUCGGAUUUAAAGGUCGACACUGCGAAGAGGCGUUCACCUUGACCGUCCCUCAGUUCCGAGAGUCCCUGCGCUCCUACGCUGCCACGCCCUGGCCCCUGGAGCCCCGCUACUACCUUUCCUUCAUGGAGUUUGAGGUCACGUUCCGGCCGGACUCAGGCGACGGUGUCCUCCUGUACAGCUAUGACACGGGCAGCAAGGACUUCCUGUCGCUGAACAUGGCAGGCGGCCACGUGGAGUUCCGCUUUGACUGCGGCUCGGGGACCGCUGUUCUCAGGAGCGAAGAGCCCCUCGCCCUGGGCCACUGGCACGAGCUGCGUGUGUCCCGCACGGCGAGGAACGGCCUCCUACAGGUGGAUAAGCAGAAGGUGGUGGAAGGCAUGGCGGCGGGCGGCUUCACGCAGAUCAAUUGCAACACGGAUAUUUUUAUUGGCGGAGUCCCCAGUUACGACGAGGUGAAGGACAAGUCGGGCGUCCGCCAGCCGUUCAGUGGCAGCAUCCAGAAGAUCACCCUGAACGACCGCGCCGUCCACGUGGAGCACGACCGGAGCUGGGGCGUGAACGUGGAGAACGCGGCGCACCCCUGCGUGGUGGGCCCCUGUGCCCACGGGGGCAGCUGCCGGCCCCAGAAGGAGGGCUAUGAGUGCGACUGCCCCUUGGGCUUUGAGGGUCUGCACUGCCAGAAAGAGUGUGGGAACUACUGUCUCAACACCAUCACGGAAACCAUCGAGACUCCGCAGUUCAUCGGCCGCAGCUACCUGACCUACGACAACCCGGACAUCCUCAAGAGGGUGUCCGGAUCCAGGUCGAACGUGUUCAUGAGGUUUAAGACGACUGCCAAAGACGGCCUGUUGUUGUGGCGGGGAGACAGCCUCCUGUCCAACAGUGACUUCGUUUCCUUGGGCCUCCGAGACGGAGCCCUGACGUUCAGCUACAACCUGGGCAGCGGCGCGGCAUCCAUCGUGGUGAACGGCUCCUUCCACGACGGGCGGUGGCAUCGGGUCAAGGCUGUUCGGGACGGCCCGUCGGGAAAGAUCACGGUGGACGACUACGGGGCCAGGACCGGCAAGUCGCCCGGCACCAUGAGACAGCUCAACAUCAACGGGCCUCUCUACGUGGGUGGCAUGAGGGAGAUCGCCCUGCACACUAACAGGCAGUACGUGCGAGGACUCGUGGGCUGCGUCUCUCACCUCACCCUGUCCACCGACUACCACGUCUCCCUGGUGGGGGACGCCGCGGACGGGAAGAACAUCAACACCUGUGGAGCCGAGUAACGCCAGCUGGCCUUGCCCAAGGGGCGGAGCCUUCUGUCCUGAGAACCCCCGAGGGGGCCCCGGCCCCUGCCGACACCGUAUAUAUAUACGCUGAGACACGGGGGCCGGCUGCGUUUGUUCUCCUCGAGGGGAAAGUCACCCGACUAGAACCCAGGCAGGAGUCCCUGGGAGGCCUUCCCUGCUGACACUCCAUGGGCCAAACCCGACGGGAUCUUCCGUGUAGGAGGCGGCGGGCUCUGUCCGUUCAACACGCAGCGGCUGCCGGAGACCACACGCCAGGCCACCCCGGGGCCGUCAGCUGUGGCUCAGUGACUGUGCAGUGACUCAUGGCGCGUUAGACAAAGAGAGAAAAGAGAGACCCAAAGGGCAGUAUUAAAAUACUCCUCUCCCUCCCUGACUCAUGAUGCUUACUGACAGCAGGAUGACUGUGUGACCUUGAACCUGGAAUUUCUCACCUUGGCCCAUAAAUUAUUGGGAUUAACCCCUUCCACUCCUCACGGGCCGUUUCAACGUGCUCUGACUCUCCCAAGGAAGUCAGGGGGAGGGGAGACUACUUGUAGACUCGUAACCGUAAUGCUGCCCCCUGACAUUUACCCUUAGUGAGAAGCCCCUACUUUUUAUGAUGUUAAUCUAAGACAGUGGGCACCCUGAUUUUGUAGUGUCCUUUUGUAUGUGUAUAUUUUUAUAGCUGCAGAGUGUCCACACAGCGUAAUUUUGCAAGUUUGGGUGGCCAGCCCUGAAUUCUUUGCACAGUUCCCAAAAAUGUUCUCCCAGAGGAGGCCCGUUGGGGCCCUUAGUGGUAUACGUGGAGUGGGGCAGGCCACUCAGGGUGGCCAUUGUCUUGGGGAGCUGACCAUUGUCCUUUGGUAAAUGUCGACGGCUGGAGGAAAUGAACGGGAAGCUUCCCAAACAAGCAGAUUAAAAGGUACAUGUGUUCUCGGGGGUGGGGGACAAGGGCACUUUCAUUUUUGUUUCCAGCGGGGAGGACUGUCUGUGGGUGGACUUGGAUAAAGGAGAUGAUGAAGGCUCACGGUCAUUCAUUCGGUCCUUCGUUCCCCGGCGGAGGUGCCGGUGGCCCCUGCAGAGACCACACCCAGAAGCGGAGGCUGAGACCAUUCUCGUGUCCAAGGCUGUGCAGGGGGUGGACAGCAGGGCCACCAGCGGUCCCUUUGCUAUGCACUCAUGUGAUGCUGGUGACCGCUGGCUCGCCAGCAGACCCCCACGGCAGGGCUCGCGGGGGGAAAGGUCAGAUGAACACUGACCCAAGGAGCGGGGAAACGAACGUGACCCAGCACACGCAGAAGCCUGGGUCUGGUCCCAGUCCCGGCUCGACUCCGGUCCAUGCCGCAUUCCCGUGGCGAGGGCGUGGGGCCUCGUGCAGGGCGCAGCUGCGCACACAGUGAGAACUCGGCAAAAUGAGGAAAUAAACGAGAGGCGCUCA